AUGCUGAAGCGGCUGGAACGGCAGGCUUGGACGUGUCCCAAUUGCCUGCGGAAUCAACUGCGCCAGUCUCGACGAUGUCUCGUCACCUCCAGCCAAAGCAAAGGCGCUGCAACAGCCGCCGCCAUCGCAGACGAUGAGCAGCACCACCCGGUUUCGAAGGCCGCCCCCAAUGUUGCACACGAUGAUCGAACACUACGACAAAUAUUCGAUUCGCCCAGCUUCUGGAAAGACUUCUCAUCGAAAACGCGAUAUCACCAUGGCGGCAGAAGCGCAGGCCUGCUUCAGAAUCGAUACCUCACUCGACCCCAAGGCUUUGCCGAGUUCGCCAACAUCACCCUUCAGAAAUGCCAAAAGAUCGUUGCGCAUGUGUUACAGUACAACACUAUAGAACAGUACAAGAGGAUUACACGGGACCUGGAUAGACUGAGUGACUUGCUAUGUCGAGUCAUCGAUCUCAGCGACUUUAUACGAGCCGUGCAUCCGGAUAGGAGCAUACAAGCUGCAGCGACCCAGGCAUACGCUGCGAUGUUUCAGUAUAUGAAUGUUUUGAACACGACGAGUGGGCUGAACGACCAGUUGAAGAAAGCAGCAUCCAUUCCUGAAGUACAUUCGAGCUGGAGCGUGGAAGAGAAGACGGUUGCCGAGAUCUUGAUCAAGGACUUUUCAAAGUCAGCUAUCGAUCUGCCAGAAGGAGAGAAGAACGCAUUUAUCGCUUUGUCGGACGAGAUUGCUACGGUGGGCAACGAGUUUGUGGACAACAUGGCUGCCGAGAGACCUUACCUGUCGAUUGACAGUAGCAAGAUGAAGGGAAUGGAUCCGGUCUUUGUCAGGCAGUUGACGAAAUGGGGAAGGGUCAACCUACCAACAGAAGGCAUGCCUGCGACUCUGGCAUUACGGACCGUCGAAGAUCCAGAAACACGACAGGAGAUAUACAUGGCCAACCGCACAGCUUCCAAGGACAACCUGCACCGAUUAGAGCGAUUACUUAAACGGCGGGCAGAGCUGGCGAAGUUGUCUGGGUACGAGAGCUUCGCACAUAUGACAUUGGCAGACAAGAUGGCCAAAUCCCCAGAAGCCGUAACCUCAUUCUUGGACGGCUUGGCCCAAGUCAAUGCGGCCCAAGUUCGAGAAGAGUUACAGGAGUUACUCGAGCUGAAGAAAGGGGAUGCUUAUUUCGAAAACUUCCCCAACGUUUUGAAUGCGUGGGAUCGAGACUACUACACGGCCAAGCUCAUGGCGUCGAUGCGAUCGAAAGCACGAACGCCAGACUUCCUCAGCGCGUAUUUCUCCCUUGGGACAGUCUUCCAAGGGCUGUCCAGACUCUUUCAUCGAUUGUAUGGCAUUCGUCUCGUGCCUCGUGAGACACUUCCAGGAGAAACAUGGAACUCAGACGUUCGACGCCUGGACGUGGUCGAUGAUCAGGAUGGCCACAUUGCUGUGAUAUAUUGCGAUCUAUUCGAACGACCUGGGAAAAGUCCAAAUCCUGCGCACUUCACCUUGCGCUGUUCGAGGCGGAUCAGCGAGGAAGAACUACAAGAAGCUGCUGAACUCACCUCUCAAUCCUUAUCCACCUUUGCCACGGCACAGGAAGCUGUCAAUGAUGGCCUCGCAACCAACUUCAACCGCCGCGACGGCAACGCGCUUUACCAACUCCCUACCAUUGCACUCAUCUGCGACUUCGCUCUGCCCCCAUCAGGAUCGAAGCGACCUACUCUACUGACGUUCCGCGAACUAACCACGCUCUUCCACGAGAUGGGCCACGCCUUGCACUCGAUCUGCGGACGAACGGCGCUCCAGAACGUCUCAGGCACUCGUUGCGCUACCGACUUCGCUGAGCUUCCUUCAGUACUCAUGGAGAACUUUGCGUCUGCGCCAGAAGUUUUGGCAUUGUAUGCGCGUCACUGGGAGACGGAUACCCCGCUAGAUCCCCAGCGAGUGAAGGAAAGGGUGGAGAUCGAUCGACGAAUGCAGGGGGCAGAGACCGAAAGCCAAAUCUUACUGGGGAUGCUGGAUCAGAGGUAUCAUUCUUCGAUACCGGCGAACUGGUCAGAAAGUGAAGUGGGAGCAAGCACGAAGGUGUACCACGAUGUCUGGACCAAAUACUCCUCCGUCCGUGAACCCCAAGGCACCAGUUGGCAGGGUUUCUUUGGCCAUCUAUUCGGCUACGGCGCGACAUACUACUCCUACCUGUUCGACCGCGCAAUUGCGGGAAAGAUUUGGCGAGAUGUGUUCCAGCGGCAGAUGGGAGAUGCGGUCAAUCCAGAGCAGGGACAUCUCUUCCGUGAGCAGGUCUUGAACUGGGGUGGUGGACGAGAUGGAUGGAGAUGCGUUGCGGGUGCACUGAAGGACCGUGAAGGGGUGCUUGCAGAUGGGGGGAAAGGUGCCAUGGAGAUGGUCGGCAAAUGGGGAGUGCACACUUGA